AUGACUACAGAAGACCGUUCGAACGAAGCGAUCCGCACGUUUGUGGAAAUCGGGAGAAUACCAGACUUUGUUAAAGGGUUGCCGGUUUUCGAUGGGAAACCGACGGAACUCCUGAACUGGUUCACCGAAGUGUACGAAAUUUUUGAGAUAUUUUUCAUUCUAGCAACACCAGUCAUCUCACAGAAGAUCACGAUAGAUCGUAUCAACGAACCCAUCUUAGCAUUCGACAAAGGAAUAGGAAGAAUUCAGAUAGGAACCAAAUAUUAUAUCCAUCAUUUUAACAUCUCACGAUGGAAGGAGAUUGUUUACAAUAUCACCAGGGACUUCACUAGCAUUCCACAAAAUCAAUUUACGAGCAUUAUACAAGAAAGACUGGACGAAAUCGAUCAGUCGGUUAAUUUUCUACAGAAUAGGAGAUCAAAGCGAUGGGAUUCCAUAGGAACAGUCUGGAAAUUCAUAGCUGGAAACCCGGACGCGAACGAUCUAAAGAUGAUCAACGGUUCUAUUAAUGAUCUCGUUCGAAACAAUAAUAUGCAGGUUAAAUUCAACUUUGAUCUCAACAUUAGAAUCCAGGAAGCCUUGCAGAAAACGACGCAAGCAUUGAGCAUGUUUAAUAAAAAAUCCAUAGAACUAAGAGCCGUUAAUAUAUAUCUCCACAUUAACUAUUUCGCCAGGUAUUUGGAUAGAAUAGUCGAUACAGUAACCUUAGCUAAAGCAGGAAUACUGAACGAAAAAAUAUUAAGCCAGCAGGAGUUAGCGAUAAUAUUAAGUGACUUUGACCAAGAGCACAUCCAUGCUAAUACAAUCGCCGAAGCUAUGUCAUUCACUUCCGUUACAAUAUUAACUAACUCUCACGAACUCGCCCUACUGAUCAAAAUGCCGAGAUUAGAUCCCCGCAACUUCACAAAAACACUUGUAUUCCCGAUAUUGCAAAACAACUGUACCGCCCUGCACCUACCCGAACGAAUGCACCUAUCCCAUAUCGACAAGAACUAUAUAGUGAAAACAUUAGAUAUCACUAUCUACAAAAAGGUCGAUAUAAGAAACGAUACCUCGCCAUGCUCAGCUAACCUACUCAAAGGAAACACCGCAGAAUGUGACUACAUCAGCAACCCUACGUGUGAAGAAAUAAUAACUAUCGACAACAGGCAUAUCCUUUUGAACACUGUAGGCAACUUCGGACUUUCCUCCACCUGUGGAAUUCCUGAUAGAAAUCUCUCGGGACCAUUCCUCAUCACGUAUGAAGAUUGCCAACUUUACGUGAAUAAAACGCUGAUGUCAGAUGAAGUACAACACCUUCCCGCAAAUCCGAUUCACCUACAAUUAGACGGAAUCACCGUGAAUAAGAAGAAGGAAUUGCUUAACAUUAGCAUAGAUUAUCUGCACCAAUUUCACCUGGAGACGAGAAAGGAGUUGGACUUGAUUCAUCUGGAGAACAACAGUGUCAAAUGGCCACAUGUAUCGAUCUUCGGAGGAAUAACAGCUAUCCCAGUGAUUAUUACGAUCGUCAUCGUAUUCGUCAUCUGCCAUCAAAGACGAAUUGCUAUCGCCAUACAUGCCGAACCAGAACCACCGAGGCAGACAACGGUACAAGAAGCUGCUACAUUGAUGACCAGCACACCCAGAGAACAAACACUUCGGAACAUUCUUCGGGUGGAACCUCAGCUUUAAGGGGGGACGAGUUAGCGACGAUCGCUAACGUCAGCGUGCCGUAGCAGGUCGAUAGCCUGCCGUAGCAACUGUAACACCGGGCACGACACAAAGCAGCCAGCGGCCAAAUUCGUCCAUCAUCAGCAGUCUCGCCUGGUAACGGCCACACCGGGCUCCAUACCCAGCGGCCAGCUACGACCAGCGUCAGCAGCCCGCUUAGCCAAGCAACUUCGGGCAGGGGCCGACACCAGCAGCAAAGUCUCGAACUCAGCAAUGUUUGCGAUCAACGAUUUUGAUUAUGGGUGAAUAAAGUUAGUCUAU